AUGAGAGCUGUGGCGAAAUCGCUGUCAGACUCCCUUUACAGAAAGCAAGUCGAGACGCUGACCAGUCUCCGAACGGGAGCUGUUCACAUAGCAGCUCUCACGACGUCAUUUGCCCGAUCGAGACUGUAUAAAUUAAUGGAAGCUGUUGGUGGAGACAACAUUAUUUAUACUGGUCACAAGAAAGGCCAAAUGUGCAACAAUGUAUUCCCAGGUGGAGAAGGAGUUCACCUUCUCGUUGAUGAAUCAUCUGGUCGAUGA